GUGAGACUGUAGUGCCCCUUGAGGACCCCAUUAUCACAGAGACCACCUCAACUUUGCAGGAAUGGGGUGUCUUGUGGAAGCAGCUCUAUGUGAAACACAAGAUAGACCUAUUCCAUAAGCUCCGUCAUGUGAUGAAUGAGCUCAUCGACCUGCGUCGGCAGUUGAUUCAGGGUCACCUCGCCCAGGAUCAGACCCGUGAGAUCAAGCGGCACAUCACUGUACGCCUUGACUGGGGCAAUGAGCACCUUGGCAUCGACCUGGUCCCCAGAAAGGAGUUCGAAAUGGUGGACCAAGACCAGAUCAGCAUAUCAGAGCUUUACAAACUGCAUGUAUCCAGCAGACAUUGUGGUCAGCAAAGCACAAACCAGGCUGACAGCGCGAAACAGCGCCAUGGUGACAGCUGCCGUGUCCCAGUGUCACACCACCUCUUCAUCAAUCUGAAGAGCUUCACUUACAACAGCAUCAGUGAGGAAGCAGACGUCUUCUUCUCCCUCUAUGACACUCGAGAAGCCAAACAGAUCAGUGAAAAGUUCAUGGUGAAACUCAACAAAAACGGAGGACCAAAGAACCCAGAGAAAGUUGAUCGUCUUUGUGCUCUCUUCACGGACCUCAGCAGUAAAGACUUGAAGAGAGACCUCUACAUUGUUGCACAUGUCAUGAGAACUGGCCGCAUGUUGCUGAAUGACUCAAAGAAAGGCCCACCUCACGUUCAGUACCGGCGGCCGUACGGCUGUGCAGUUCUGGCCAUGAGUGACGUUUUCCACACUAUCACAGAUCUCAAAGAGGAGAAGGACUUUGUGCUGAAAGUUUAUACAUGUAACAAUGAGAAUGAAUGGUACCAGGUUCACGAAAACAUCAUUCGCAAGUCCAACACCAAAUAUUCAGCUCCCAGCACCAAUUAUGGCCUCAUCAUUUCCCUGCAGCUGUUGAGAGGCGAGCUGGAACAGAUCAGACGGGAGAACCAAGCUGUGUUCAACCGAGCCCUGGCACUCACCCGCAAAUUAGGUUUUCCUGAUGUCAUCAUGCCAGGUGACACUCGCAAUGACUUGUACUUGACCCUGGAACGAGGCGAGUUCGAGAGGGGUGGCAAGAGCGUCCAGAAGAACAUUGAAGUGACGCUCUAUGUCCUCUAUGCCGACGGGGACACUCUCAAAGACUGCAUCAGUUUGGGCAGUGGAGAGUCAAACAUGACAGAAUACCGAUCCUUUGUUCUCUACCACAACAACAGCCCUCGCUGGAGUGAGAUGGUCAAACUUCCCAUUCCCAUCGAUCGAUUCCGAGGCUCUCACCUGCGCUUUGAGUUCAGACACUGUUCCACAAAAGACAAAGGGGAAAAAAAAAUUUUCGGCUUCGCUUUCACUCCUCUAAUGAGAGAAGACGGGACCACAUUGUCGGAUGAGAGCCAUGAGCUGUAUGUUUACAAGUGUGACGAGAACGCCACCUUCAGUAACCAGGGCCUGUAUCUUAGCCUGCCCUGCUGCAAGGAGGACUUCAACAGUUGUCCCAAUCUGCCAGCUAAUCUGCCUUUCCAGAGAAGCCCGAAAGAAACCUUUUGGGUGUCCACCAUACUCUGCUCAACCAAACUCACACAAAAUGUGGACCUGUUGGCUCUUCUGAACUGGAAAACCCACCCGGACAGAGUUCUGGACAUCCUGGGUCGGCUACGCCAGAUCAGUGGAGAGGAGAUUGUCAAGUUCCUGCGAGAUGUCCUCGACACACUUUUCUGUCUUUUAGAUGACAACACUGACAAAUAUGGCCCGCUGGUUUUCCAGUCUUUGGUAUUUAUUAUUAACUUGCUCAGGGACAGCCGGUUCUACCACUUCCGUCCUGUGAUGGACUCUUACAUCCAAAACCACUUUGCUGGAGCUUUGGCAUACAAGGAGCUUAUUCGAUGCCUCAAGUGGUACAUGGACCGCUCGGCUGAAGUUGUCCGUCAAGACCACAUCCAGGAAGCCAUGAGGGCUCUGGAGUAUCUGUUCAAAUUCAUUGUCCAGUCCCGUAUACUGUACUCACGGGCCACCUGUGGGAUGGAAGAGGAGCAGUUCCGUGCGAGCAUCCAAGAGCUCUUUCAGUCCAUUCGCUUCGUGCUGAGUCUGGACAGUCGCAGCUCAGAGAACCUCGUGUUCACUCAGGCGGCACUUUUGAACAGCUUCCCAGAUAUCUUUGAUGAGCUACUGCAGAUGUUCACAGUUCAGGAGGUGGCCGAAUAUGUCCGUGGUACCCUUGGAAGCAUGCCCAGCACUGUUGACAUUGGCCAGUCGAUGGAUGUUGUCAAACUGCAGUCGAUUGCACGGACUGUCGAAAGCCGUCUUUUCUUCUUCCCUGAGUCUCGAAGUAUUUUGCUUCCAGUUGUCCUGCAUCACAUUCACCUGCACUUGCGCCAACAGAGGGAGUUGCUCAUCUGUUCUGGGAUCCUGAGCAGUAUCUUUUCCAUCAUCAAGACCAGUUCUAUGGAGUCAUCUGUUCAGGAGGAAGUGGAGAUGAUGGUGGAGAGCCUAUUGGAUGUAUUGCUGCAGACUCUGUUGUCUAUCAUGAGCAAGUCUCACUCUGUGGAAACAUCCAGAGGACAACGCUGUCCUCAGUGCACUGCAGAAAUAACAGGGGAGUAUGUGUCCUGUCUCCUUUCUCUGCUCCGGCAGAUGACUGAGAUUCACUUUCACCAUCUACUCAACAACUUCCAUAGCAAGGAGGAGCUUAAAGAGUUCCUGUUGAAGAUCUUCUGUGUAUUUCGAAACCUUAUGAAACUGACCAUCUUCCCUCGAGAUUGGAGUGUCAUGAGACUCCUAACCAGUCACAUCAUCGUUGUGACGACGCAGCUUCUUGCUCCAGCGCUGCACAAGAACUUUUCCGAGGCGGACUUUGAUUUCAAGGUGUGGAACUCCUUUUUCAGCCUAACUGUGCUGUACAUCAAUCAGCCCAGUCUGCAGCUGGAGACGCUCGGUCCUGCCAAGAGAAAGAAAAUUCUGGACAAGUAUGGGGAUAUGAGAGUCCUGAUGGCGUAUGAGCUGUUUAACAUGUGGCAAAAAUUAGGGGACAACAAGCCCCACUUCAUCCCAGGAAUGAUGGGCCCCUUUCUGGGAGUCACCCUAGUCCCUCAGACUGAAGUUCGAAACAUAAUGAUUCCCAUUUUCCAUGACAUGAUGGACUGGGAGCAGAGGAAAAACGGGAACUUCAAACAGGUGGAAGCAGAGCUGAUGGAUAAGCUUGACAGCAUGGUGUCUGAUGGAAAAGGCGAUGAUAAUCACAGAGAACUCUUCAGCCUUUUGACCCAGUUGUUUGGCCCUUACCCAAGCCUGCUGGAGAAGAUAGAGCAGGAAACUUGGAGAGAGACGGGCAUCUCAUUCGUCACAUCGGUCACAAGGCUUGUUGAACGAUUGCUGGACUACAGGGAUUGCAUGAAAGGAGAUGAAGUAGAGAACAAGAAAGUUGGCGGCUCAGUCAACCUUAUGAACUUCUACAAGUCAGAGGUAAACAAAGAGGACAUGUACAUCCGCUACAUCCAUAAGCUGUGUGACCUACAUCUCCAAGCUGAAGACUUCACAGAGGCAGCAUUCACCCUGUUAUUGUACUGGGAGCUGCUACAGUGGGAGGACCGGCCCUUAAGGGAUUUUCUCCACUAUCCUUGCCAAAGCGAGUGGCAACGCAAGGAGAACCUAAGCCGCAAAAUCCUCCACUACUUCAACAAGGGCAAGUGUUGGGAAUACGGUAUCUCGCUCUGCCGGGAGCUGGCUUUCCAGUAUGAGACGUUAUACGAUUACCAGAGCCUCAGCUGGAUACGGAAAAUGGAGGCAGCUUACUACGACAACAUUAUUGAGCAGCAGAGAAUCGAACCCGAGUUUUUCCGAAUGGGCUUCUAUGGCAGGAAGUUUCCCUUCUUCCUCAGGAACAAAGAGUUUGUGUGUCGUGGCUAUGACUACGAACGGCUCGAGGACUUCCAGCAAAGGAUGCUGGGAGAAUUUCCGCAAGCCAUCGCCAUGCAGCAUCCCAACCAACCCGAUGACACCAUCAUGCAAAGUGAUGCUCAGUACUUGCAGAUCUACGCGGUGACUCCGGUGUCAGACAUCUCUGAUGUGCCUCAACUGGAGCGCGUGCCCGAGAGGAUCAAGAGCUUCUACCGCAUAAACAAUGUCAGCCGCUUCCACUAUGACAGGCCUUUCCACAAAGGCCCCAAGGACCGCGAGAAUGAGUUCAGGAGCCUUUGGAUUGAGAGAACCACCCUCAUCCUCUCACGCCCUCUCCCAGGAAUCUCCCGCUGGGCUGAGGUGGACAGGAGAGAAGUGGUUGAGGUAAGCCCUCUUGAAAAUGCCAUUUAUGUGGUGGAGAACAAAACCCAGGAGCUGCGGACUUUGAUCAGCCAGUACCAACACAGACAGCAUCACGGCAACAUCAAUCCGCUCAGCAUGUGCCUCAACGGGGUCAUCGACGCUGCAGUGAACGGAGGCAUUGCCAGAUACCAAGAGGCGUUUUUCGAUAAAGAGUACAUCAGCAGUCACCCAGAGGACACAGAGAGGAUCACGCACCUUAAGGAUCUGAUGCAGGAGCAGGUGAACAUUCUUGGAGUGGGUCUAGCUGUCCAUGAGAAACUGGUGCACCCAGAGAUGCGUCCCCUCCACAAAAAGCUAGUGGAUCAGUUUCACAUGAUGAGGACAGGUUUACACCAUCAGGGUAUUCCUGGCACAGAGCGAUUCGGCCCUGCUGGCUGCUCGUCCGUCAACUCUCCCAGAGGAAUCCUCUCCUCCCACAACCACAUGAGUCCUGAGAGUUUGCGGCUCAUACACCGUCACAGCCCUCUAAACCUGCAGGGUUCGAUUCGUCACUCGUCCUCCUCAUUAUCUUCCCACACUUCGAGUGAGACAGGAAACUUCGCCAUAAUGACUGACAGUCUAAUGGGGGAGCACUCUGAGGAGGCAAUACACAUGCAGCCGAGCCCCUCGUCCUCCAGCCUGAGCUCAAUACGUUCCAACUCCUCCCAAGUUAUUAACUCGGCUCCCUCGAGUGCCAGAGGCUCUCCGUCAUUGCCUGACAAGGCCAAACACAACAGGGAAGUCAUGAUACUGCUGCCGUCUCAUCGUGAGAGGGCUAACAACUCCAUGUACUACAACAUGGCUGAAAAUGGACAGAACAACCACAUGCAGCGUGCCUUACUGCAGCAAGUUAGCCCCAGCAAGCCGUGUGUCGACCCUCACAUGACUCUGCCUGAGAAAGUGUUUCCCAAUGCUCUCAGCAGCUGGAGCUUGGAUGGAGAGAACAGGGAACAUGUGUCCUACAUGCCGACUACUACUGGAGGGGUAAUUAUGCCCCCUGUCCCUCCUAGGUCCUUCCCACCAGGGCACUUCCUGAUGCACUGUGAUGCAUUUACCCACCAGAACAGCGACCCACCACCUGCCCUGCCUGUACGCUCACUUCGAAAGUCUCCGCUCCACCCGAUUCCGGGCUCCCCCACCAGUCCACAGUCAGCUUUGGGGGGUAGUAACUCCACCCUGUCAGGCAGCGCCAGUAGCGGUGUGUCCUCCCUGAGCGAGAGUAACUUCGGUGGUCAGUAUCCAGAUCCCGGCCCCAUCAGGAACGACGCCUUGGAGCCUCUUCCCAGCCACCUGUGGUCACCCCCCGAGGAGUACCUGUCCUCACCCUACCUGCACAUUCACUACGGCACACCGGAAGUGGACACGGUCGACACAGUUCGGCCCUUCCACUACCGCAGCCCGGCCUCGCACCCGCACUCCCACCCGCACCCUCACACCCACGCUCACCCGGGUCUUGACAGCCACUCCCACGGGCCAGUGCCGCACCACUACCUGGCCACCCACGGGCCUCAUCACGUUCCCUAUCGCAGGCCUCAGCCCCCAGCUGUGCCGCCUAAGCCCUACCUGAGGGAGGGCUGCAUUCCGGAAGAAGAUCUUCAGCCUCAGCCCAUCCCGCUGCCCCGCAGGAUCUUCCACUCCCCCCACGGCCACAGGGACGAGCAGGGCAAGCACGCCUGGGAGCAGUGCAUCAGCGAGGAGCAUGAGGAGGCGCAGUGAUAGCAAAUCCCGUUCAGUUUCCCGUUAUCUGCACUGAGUUAAACUGUGUUUUAAUUCAGUGCAUAUGAGGGCUAGAAAAUAAGUGACUCCUGUGGCUUCUUACAUGUUAUUAAAAAGAAUAUUAGCAGUUGACGAAGAGGGCAGAAAAAAGACAUUGAUUGUACACAGUUGUACAACUUGUCUGUGAGCAUGUUUUCCAUUUGAGAAUAAUAUGACAACUAUAGCGACCAUGGUCAGUCCCGUGCAGGAUGAAGUCACCACGCUGCUUAAGAGAGUUGUUGAUUCUCUGCUUGAAAUGCUUCGUACACAGGAAUUCUUAUUUUGAUAAAUUUGCUACACGAUAGUGUUUCCAAAAGCAUACGGUCAUUCUGUUUUUUCGAAACACUGUUAAGUGUUCCUUAAGAGUGGCUCAAGUGAAGUGGCGCACGCUACGCAGGUGGUGAAGGUCGGAGCUGCAUCUCAAGGGACUAACUUUUCUCCGUCCGUACCAUGUGUAUGGAGACCCACGUGAAUGUAUUCAAAAUAAUCUAUUUGUACAGCACACCUCAAUUUACAGACCUGUUUUUUGUUGUUCAAGUGCUUUAAUUGGAGUCUUACUUGAGGACCUAUUGAAGAUAAGUCGGGAGAGAGAAGGCUCAGAGUUGACAGGCUGUCUGGAAUGAAUCACUCCCAAAGCUGUCAUGUGAUAUGUUCCUCAUGAAUGAAGGAUGGAAGGACUCUCCACUUCACACCUCAGCAACGCUCUCUCUCUUUUUGUUUCUCUCCCCGUUGUCCUAAACUAUAUCAGGCCAUGUCAAGCAGUGAGGGCUAAACCUGGACGCUGACAUAGUCAAGCCCCCGACUCACUCAGUGAGUGUUGGACUUGCCUACUUGCCUUAAGUGCAAUCUCAUACAGUUUGACCUCUCAUCUGGACUCUAAGCCCUCGUUUUUGUUAACCCCUGAAGGAAAAAUAUACCUGCUUAGUGAAGUUGUAUUAUUUUUUGCUUUGCAGCAUUUUUUUUUUUUUUAUCCUCUCUCCUCAAUCUUGUCCUGUUAUGUUAAAACUAAUCGUGUGUGGCUGAAAGCCCAACAGACAGAACACGUUUCCUGCAAUGUUGUGUGUAGGAAGGAUAUAUUCUACUUUUGUGUAGGUUGCUUUUUUUUUUUUUUGGCAGGUGGAGGUUUUGUGUUACUGUACAUCACACAUUUCCAGCUGACUAGACAACAUCUAUUUUUGUAUAUGAGAUCAUGCGUGAUGUGAGCUUAUCACACAAAGGGCCCUCGUACUGCACAUGUUGCUGUACUUUGUAUGGAAAUGAGCCUGAGGUUAGAUGGAAACAAAACAUGUGAGUAUCCACUGUGGAUGUGAUGGCAAUGUGGAAUGAGGUGAUACUCACAACAAUUUGAAUUUUUCAAUGUAAAUUCUGUUACUGUACAUACAGCUGUAUUGUGAGAUGUUUUUUGAGGAUUAUUGCAGACACCCCCCGAUUUAUUGUUUUUGUGUAUAUACAUGUACUCCAGAGAUCAAUGUUAUUGAUAAAUAUAUAUAAUCAAUGUUUGAAAAAGGAAGAAUUCAUUAGACCGUGGCUGUCUCCAGCAUUCUUGACUAUGAGUCUCAUAUAAAUACUUUAUACACUUUUCAAUGUGCUUUCCUGUACAUAUGGUGUUAGCAUGAUCGGACAGUGUUUGGUUGUAAAAGUGGUUUUCCUACUCCCAUAACUGCUGUGGUAUGGAAUUCAUUAACAAUACCAAACAAUAAAGACAAUCUUUUAUCAACA